UCCGGUUAUCUUCACAAGAAUCUCACUGAAGAAUAAUCUCAAAGGAACCUCUUCCUCGCUCUGCUAAUGCCCAUGUUUACCGUGGGCAAGGAAACCAUCAGCUCCCCUGUGCUGGCAGCCUUGCGCAGGCAGCCAAAGGGAGCUUCCUUCAAAUUGUUUCUAGAACUCUGUAGGAGAAGCACCUCCCGAUGUUUGAUCAAUGUUCAUGAAACCCUUUUCUGAACCAGCUUAGGAGGCUUAGAACUUUGGAGCCUGUGACAUGGAAGCUUUGGAAGUUGACGAUAUCAGCCCGGCCUUGGAAGUCACUGAGGACUUCUUUAGUUCUUUUGACAGUAAGCUAGAAAAGGCCGUCCAACAAGCAGAGGUAUAUGGGAUCCAGGAAGUCCCUGAACUGGUGGGACACGAAGUAUUCAGUGACACACCUGAUCAUGGUGCCCUCAGAAAUGUGGCCUCUGUGGGCAAGGGGGGCAGGAUUUGGGACCAUUGUAACAGCAGACUCUUAGAAACCAAAGCUCAAAAUGUCUUCCCUUCCAAAGAACAGUUUCGGGUCCAGAGAGGGACCACCCCAGAUAACCUUUCCUGGGUGGGGCAAGAGGAGGCAUCAACCUUUCCGUUUUUCAACGUUUGUCAGCGUCGGAGGGGCAGACCUCGCUCUGUGAAUGACUUGUUGGAUGAGACCUCUACUUUUAAGCCAGGCCAUGCUCGAUCAAGGUCAGAUAUUACUCAAGUGGACUGGAGGGUAGUCCUCAAAACCAUGCCUUUGCAGCAGCAGCAGCAGCAGCAACCAUCUCUUCAGGGCCCUCAUUUCACUAGGCCAUCGUUUCUAUCAACGUCACCAAACAAGGUAGAAGAUGCUCAAGGAAACACUGAACACAAACAGACCUUCCCAAACAUUUUGAAGAAAGGAUACCUGGACAUCAGGAAGAACCAUGACAGUUACUGGCAAAGCUGUUAUGCAGAGCUCUCCCCCUACAGCUUACGCUUCUACAGCCUGGACCGCAGCGGGAACCAGAGCCUCUUUGCCUCGCAGCCGCUUUCACACUUCCAGAGCAUAUCUGUUUUGGGCAACCUCGAGGCCAGGAUGGUGGACACCGUCCUGUCUGACAGCACUCAGCUACAGCUCAGGGCGGAGUCGCCCUGGGAGGCAUUGGACUGGGGACAGAAGCUCUGGGAGGUUGUGCAUGCCUCCAGGCCGGGCUCUCUGGCCCGGCAGGAUGCACUGGCCAACACACCAGGGCUCGGUCAUAAUGCGGACUGUGAGAAGAAUCACUGUUUACAGAAGACACCCAGUGGGCUGCUGCUUCCGUCCCCUGUGUCGGAUAGCACCACCCAGUACCCAAACAUCCUCAAAUCAGGGACACUGUACAGGCUGACUGUCCAAAAUAACUGGAAGGCCUUCACGUUUGUGCUGAGCCACGCCUACCUGAUGGCGUUCCUGCCUGGCAAGCUGGACGAAGAUCCCCUGCUGAGCUACAACGUGGAUGUGUGUCUGGCUGUCCAGAUGGACAACCUGGAUGACUGCGACUCUUGCUUUCAAGUUAUUUUCCCCCAGGAUGUCCUCCGCCUUCGAGCUGAGACCCGGCAGAGGGCUGAGGAGUGGAUGGAGGCUCUGCAAACCGUUGCCAAUGUGGCGAGGAGUUCAGAGCAGAACCUGCAAGUCACCCUGCGGAACAAAUCCAAGGAUCAGAUGGGUGGGCAGGACCUCAGGAAGAGCAAGCGCCAGUCGGUGACCACCAGCUUCCUGGGCAUUCUGACGACCUUGUCUUUGGAGCGGGGCCUCACUGCUCAGAGUUUCAAAUGUGCAGGUUGCCAGCGAUCCAUAGGCCUUUCCAACGGGAAGGCCAAGGUGUGCACUUACAGUGGGUGGUACUACUGCAGCAGCUGCCACGUGGACGACAGCUUCCUCAUCCCGGCACGCAUAGUCCACAACUGGGACACCUCAAGAUAUAAGGUGUCCAAGCAGGCCAAAGAGUUUCUGGAGUACGUGUACGAGGAGCCCCUCAUCGACAUCCAGCAAGAGAACCCCAUGCUGUACCUGCACGCCGAGCCGCUGGCCACCGUGGUGCGCCUGAGGCAGCGGCUCAAGUCCCUCCGGGCCUAUUUGUUCAGCUGCCGGGCCGCAGUGGCGGAGGAUCUGCGCCGAAGAAUUUUUCCCCGAGAAUACCUCCUGCAACAGAUCCACCUCUAUUCCCUUGCUGACCUCCAGCAGGUGAUAGAGGGAAAGCUGGCUCCGUUCUUGAGCAAGGUCAUUAAGUUUGCCACCUCCCACGUGUACAGCUGCAGUCUGUGUAGCCAGAAGGGGUUCAUCUGCGAAAUCUGUAACAAUGGAGAGAUCCUCUACCCCUUUGAGGAUAUUUCAACAAGCAGGUGUGAGCGCUGCGGCGCCGUGUUCCAUUCUGAAUGCAAGGAGAAGUCGGUCCCCUGCCCGAGGUGUGUGCGCCGCGAGCUGCAGAAGAAGCAGAAGUCUUUCUGGCGGCAGCUGAACGUGGACGAGAGUCUGGAGGAGGCGUGCACCAUGUUUGAGCUGUCCUACCAGAACACCUGACGGCGCGGCCCCCAGCCGAGGGCCACGCCCGUGGGGACGGCGCGGCAGCCAGAGUGGCUUCCUGAGUAGCCACUGAGACCCCGCUGGAGGAAGAGUAUGUCUGCCCUUCAGCUAGCUAUAGAUAUAUAUUUAUAUGCACACACAUACAUGCGCAUACUCACUGUAUGUGUACCCGUGUCACUCGUUGUCCAAAAGGUCCGUGGAGCCUCCAUGGCUUGAAAGAAAUGACCAAUCGCUGACUUGCACUUAGCCAGGAAUUUAUGUUGCUUGCUCCCAAGCAAAAUGUGGUUUACAACAGUGCGUAAUAGUUCAGACUUCCUUUUUAUCUUUUUUUUUUUUUUUUGGCUCUUGGGACAUUUUAUUACACAGGACACAGGAGAAAACAUUUCCGGCAGAACAACAGAAAUGUAGGUUAUUUUCACUUUAUUUAUUUUUAGCCUCCUCAGAAGCGGAGGUAACUGAGGCAAGCACCCACCACCAUCUGCUUCAUAAGAAAAUCUUCCCAACACAGCGAUGACUCCCAGUUCUUUCCAGGGCUCGUGUCCCUGGUGCUGCUGAACCUCAGUUUCUCCUGAGGAUGGCCCCCCGACGGGAAGCAUGCACCCCUAACUUAUGAGGAGAGCUGCCUCUGCCUUCAAAGUUAACCUCAGAAUAUUGUUGGGUUUGGGGGGGGGUUGUUUUUGUUUUUGUUUUUUUAAUUUAUCUCCUCCCAGAAACUUCUGGGACCAAAAUUGCAUGUUGUCAGUCUGUUUGCUGGUACGAAUGCCAACACCUGCUUACGGACGGGACUGUCCACUACAGGGCCAGGCCAUGGACACGACGCUCUGAAGAGCAGUUUGCUGGGGGUUCAUGGAUGGUAUUUAUGCUUUUGUCAGGUGCUGGCCCGAGGGCAUUUCCUCCCAUUGUUGUCAAAGCCUGGUAGAGAGGGCGGGUGGUGCGCACACUCCAAGGGGCGGCUUGCAGUUUCCUUGUGCAGAAUCCUGCCCUGCCUCCCCACCCGUCGUCCAGGCUUUAUCCUUGUUCUUCCCUGUGUUGUUGAUCUCACCAUCCCCACUUUCCUUUACUUACUUGAGUUGUUUAAGAAAUCCGAGUAGCCUGGAACUUCAAAACACCAACCUAAGUCUGUUAAAAAAAUGCCAAACUUACAAAGCUAAUUCAUAAAUUAAACUUAAUAUUGGUCAAAAGUACAUACACACACACACACAUAUCUAUACUUGCCACCUUAAAGUAAAACAAAAGUGCAAAGUAAAGAAUAGGCUCUCCAUGAGAAGUAUAACUCUUGCUUUGCUAACUGCAGGGUAGGGGUCUCCCACUGCAGUGCCCUUGUAAGAGCCAGCACAGCAAUCAGUGGGACCCCAAUGGCAGCGCCGGAAACCCAAUGGCACCUGUUUCGGCUCAUCUCCCUUCCUCAUUCUUGAACAGGAGUGUGUGUGUGUGUGUGUGUGUGUGUGUGUGUGUGUGUGUGUGUGUGUGGAAGCCAUUCACAAGACUAUGAGAAGAUCCUGUGUGUUUCACUACUCAGCAGACGUCUUCAGCGCCUUUGAGUUUGGCGGCUGCGCUCGUACCGGCAUCAGGAGAGUGUGACUUAUGGCAUACAUGGUACCUUCAGCCCCAUCUAGCUCUCCUUUCUCCCACACCUGCUCCCUGCAGAACCAACCUCCAGCCAUGCAGAGACCUGACACUUCCACAGGACUUUUAUUCAGAUGGUUGCAUGUGAACAUUUCACCUCUUAACCUACGAUGGCCCUCUGGCCCAGCCUACGCAUUUCAACUUGAACUUAGUACGAAUGCAUUUGUUUUCUGAUCCAGUAGCUGUCACCAAGGCAUGACAAUGUGUUAAAAGGCCAGGGCCCUAUUCAAAAGAAGCCUUGCGGUGCCUUCGACUCUUGGGAAACAGGUGGACUCCCCUCCCCAUCCCCCACUCUAGUCAACACUGCACACAAAAGAGAAAGGGUGGAAAAUGUCAAGCAAGCAUUUGGCAAACAGACACACAAAUGUGAUCAUCUCCUUUCUCCUCCUCCCCUCUGUGAAAAACAGUAUUUAUAUUUUCCAGCCUCAGAAAAGAUAGCAGAACAUGAUCUUUCACAGGAGAAUUAUAGAACUGCUUAUUAUAAAGCAUGUGCUCCAAUGGCAACGCUCCUUCUCCCUCCACCCCCAGCUCCCUUCGCUGGAGCUGCCUUUGGCCUGGGCUGUAAUGAAUAUGCUGAGUGCAUCUGUGAUCCCCACCGGUCACCGAAAUCCUCCCUGCAUUUGUAGACACGGAGCGCAGAGCGGCCGCUCCCUUCCAGCAAGCUUGCUCUCUGCCCAGAAUUUCCCAUCCCAGGGUCAAGUCUGCCAAAGUCAAGGGUGAAGUUCUGGAUCCCAAUUCUAAAUGCAUCUGCCAAUGCCCAUUCAGGGGGCCCUGCUACCUACCAGCAGCCCCGAGAAUUCCUAGGAGGAACUUCUCCACCCGCAUCAUCUUCUGCUUAUUUUCAAAAGGGGAAGCUAGAUGCAGCUAUGUCUAGAGCUGCAGCUAUGUCCCAGCUACUUCUGUUUUCUCUCCUGUGCACAUAUCACUGGCAGCCGGGCUGGGGCCGGCCACAGGCUCCCCCCACAGCCACCGCCACCCAAAUCAGAUGGGACAGAGCGGAGCCCACAGAGGGUUCAGGCUACCAUGGAAAUGCAAAAUUGCUGCUCUCAGCCCCAAAUGGCCUAGCACAAAGAGAACACCCUGACCGGCGUCCGCCCUCACAAACAGCUCGGCUCGGGGACACUGCGAGGUAAUUGUCCCAGUGCUUGGAAACUGUGCACAAAUGCAGAGCUGCAGCCUGCCACCUCUGUGGCCGCACUACUACCUGCUUGUCCUCUUCUACUGUUCGUCCUGCACUAAAUACCCUGCACAGAAAGCAGACAAGGAACUGGCCAGUGAAUCUCCCGGCGCUCGCAGCUGGCUGCAGGGACCUGCUGCCCCAAAGGCUCGCUGCCUGGUGAAGCCUGGAGAAGUCCCUGCCAGCAGUGCCAGGAACUCGGGAGCCAGGCGGCUGGGCCUGGUGAAAUGCUGGCACCUAACCCUGCGGCAGAGACGCCAGCUCCGAAAAUAGACCUGCGUUUGCACCAUUGCAGGAAGGCCACCCGAGACUUUAAAAGCAGUCGACUCAAAUCACAGGCAUUUUCUGUCUAGCCUUGUUUUCCCCCAAGUGGAAAGCUGCCUUGUGUGGUGCCAUGUCAUCCUGCAUCUCCCCGCUUUGCUUCACUGCCUUUGGCGGUGGGGGGAGCUUCUGGUGGGCAUCUUGAUAUCUGCAGCACUACCAGGAACCUUGUUAGGAGCCUUAGCCUGGCGGUAAGGGUGCUCCCUUUUUGAUUAUCACAGAUGCACCCAACAGGGGAGGGGGCCAGUGCUAUGACGGGUGACCUCCGGCUUCCCGAAAAGGGGUGGUGCCUGCUUCCCUUCCAGCCUUGGUAAAAGCAGGAAUGGCUAUCACUCUCUAGUCCCCUGGAAGAGAGGCCUGGCAGUCUGCACCCCCAGAACCAGCCCUUGAGAACCUGAUGGAGCACAGUUGUUCCCUGACGCCCGUGGCCUUGCCAUGAGUCCGAGUCUCCUGAGUUCACCCAAGGGCAACUGCUUUGCUAAGUGGAGUCAAGGCCCAGGGAUGGCUUCUGACCUCCCUGGCGCACACACCGAAAUGGCCCCAGAAGGUCUUUCGCCCAGGCCUCCCCCUCAAGGCCGAGCUCCCCUGUCUGAUGGCUUGUUCUCUACCCAUUGGCCAAAAGAGGCCGUCUGUAAACAUUGAUCAGGACAGGGCCGGCAUGAUGCUUGCUGGGGAGACAUGGUGUGGGGAAGGAGAGGCAUUCUGUUCCUCCUUCAGGGCAAGCCCCGCGGCUCUCGGUACAUUGGCUCUGGCUGGCCCAUGGCUGCAUAGAAAUCACCAAGGGCAUCUUUCUACUUCUGGUGCUGAGGUGGCCUGGAGUCACCCCAGGGGCAGUUGUGCUUGUUGCUUCUCACCGUAGAGAGAGAGAGACGUGCAAUAUUCCCACAUUUACUCUCAGUUUUAUUCCGCUUCCUUACACUGGAAUAAUGUGACAAGGUAGAGACUUGUCUGCCACGCUGAAGGAAACGAAGCCUUUCUCCGCUGUGGGGAGUGGAACUAGUGGUAUAAACUCUGUCUUCCUUUGCUUGGUACUUGUUCCUAACAGGCAGGGGAGAGUUUUGAAAGUAGCCCUGCAUCCAGGAGAACGGAAUGAUUGUAGGCUGAAUCCAGUGCUGGGAGACAUAAGACCUUCCCCGUGCACCCCAGUGGUGGUUUCUGUCCUGUAGGCUGGAAGCCCUGGUGGUGUAGUGGUUACGUGUUGGGCUGAAAACAGCAAGGUCAGCGGUCCAAAACCACCAGCAGUU